AACAAUUCCCUUUUGUUAGUUGACCAGCGACAACCGAAUGAAUAAUACGUUUAUCCUUAAAUAUGUCUAAAAUAGUUUUUGUGUUUUUUGUGGUUAUAGUGAAUGUUGUAUCCGGAAAGAUUGUUAACAAGUGGAAAUGCCCGGAAGUGCGCGCUGCUCCACACUUCGAUUUGGCCCAAAUGCUGGGAGAUUGGUUCGUUGUGGAAUACUAUGCCAGUGCUGAAGAAGCAUUAUCCUACAGUUGCAUGAGAGCUGUCUUUACCGAGGAUGAUCAUGUACAAGCUGAAGACGGAACGAUAGAAUGGACCCCCGCUGUGACGAUGAACUUUACCUACCGGUAUGCUGACGAUCCUAUUGGCGAGAAUUUGUAUGGAAAUAUCACUUGGAGGGUUGACCUGAAUGAACCCGCACAUUGGACUCAUUCUGAACGAACCUAUGAUGGUAUUUACAACACAUACGUACUAGACACGGAAUAUAAGACCUGGGCUCUCCUACUGCAUUGUGCCGAGCAAAGAGAAGGAACUCGGUAUUUGACUGCAUUUGUUUUGUCCAGAACUACGGGACUGCCGAAAAAUGUCAUGGCAUACUUGAGGGAUAAGCUGCCGAGAUACGAUGUCGAUAUUAACUACGUAUUUCCUAUACCGCAUAAAGAUUGUUCCGACAAGCCAGCGAGACCUGAUGAUUCACCUGUUCUCGUGGAAGUUGGAAGCAAAGUACCUUUAAGACCUAAUGUCAGCUACAAGAUCUCUUUUGGAAAUUAGUGAAAUAAGUUAUUUCAUAUACAGAUAUCUCUACCGCCCAGUCAGUACAUUAAAACAAAUGAACAACAUUACAAAUAUGAAAAUCUUUGAAAUGUGUAGGUGUUAUUUGUAUGUGCUUAGUAAUUUAUUAUACUCCUGUUUAUAAUUUGAUGUUCCAAACCAAUUUUUAUGUUCUCCGAAAAGCAGAUUACAGACAUGAUUUUACUUUAAUUGAACCAAGUGCGUGACCUACCUAACUGUCUAAUUAGUUCAAGGAAACCUUUUAACAUAGUAAUGAUAGAAUUUCGUACAUUGGAAUCAUACUAAUUUUUUUAUACGAAAAUGUAAAACGAUUAUACACAAAUGUAAAUCAAAUUUGAUGUUAUUUUAUGAUUUAUAUUAUAACUAUCGAGAAUAUGAUAAUAUUAUGUUUUGUUAGAUUAUAAGUUAGCGUAUCCGGUAACUAAUUUAAAACUAUUUAGGACCGCAGCUGUUCAUAUACAGUAACCGAUAUUAUAUUGUUUUCACAAAAUAAAAUUGUCAUAAUA